AGAAGACUGGUCGUCGUACUGCAAUGACAUGGGAGGGACCCAAUGCACUCGAAGAGGUCGCAUCUCCUGUGCCGGCCAAGGCAACUACGCGACGAAAGGCGCUCCAAUCUGAUGUCGAGGAACCGUCAGAGUCAGAGAAUGUCCCGAGCAGUGAAGACGAAUACGUCGCAGAAAACGCGCAGCCGAGAGCAGGGGGGAAGCGGCCUACUCGUCGAUUGUCUUAUUCCUCCGAGUCAGAGUCGGAUAGUUCCAAGAAGCCUUCUCGGAACCGCCGACCCUCUCAUCAAUCUCCGGGCCCUAGUAAUACUCUCAAACGCAAGGCCCAGGCUGCUCCUCUUCCCCCGCCAGCACCAAAGAAGACCAAGACUUCUCCUGAAUCAACAGAAGAUCCGACAAGGAAGUACUGCCUCGGAAAGUUCGAAGAUCUCUUUCGCGACAUAUUUCUCAAGUAUCCUCAUGUACGUAUAAAAGACGAUGGUGGGGGAUCGGACUACGUGGAGAAAAAGGCUGAGGAGUUGACUGAGGAAGAGAAGGAGGCUGUUUUGAGUGCUGCCCGUCAGUUUGCUAAUGAUCUUGAGCAUUGUGUGUACGAAAUAUACUGUGACUCAGAUAAGCACGCUGGAGAUGGUUACAAGGAUCGAUUUCGAACGUUACAAUUCAAUCUUAGCAAAGUUGAUCGUGUCGUUCUUCAUAAGCGCAUAGUUUCGGGGAAGAUAUCCGCGAAAGAAAUAUCCACUAUGUCUUCCACUGAUCUAGCGGACGAGGAGACGAAGCAAUCUAUCAAAAUCGCUGAACAGGAAUCUCUGGAACAUUCAAUUCUGCAGAAAAGUACAGCGCCCCGUGCUAAGAUCACGCAUAAGGGACUGCAGGAUAUCGAGGAUGUUAAUGGCGAGAUUGCUAGUCGACGUGAACGAGACCGCGAGCGUGAAGCUGAAGAACAGGAGAGGAUGGAAAGGGAGCGUAUGGCUCGGCUCAGAGCCGCUCAGCCGCGUCAGCGCACAAUGUCUGUGUCUGUUCCACCUGAGUCUUCUGUAUCGCAGAACGCGUCUUGGGGCUUGCCACCUCCGGUACCAUUGCAGGAUGUGCAUGCUGCAUCUGCGGACCCAUACGCUUCAGCGAGACCAUCGUCAUACGAAAACACGACCGAACCUGUCGAACCAGAACUGAGUCUUACCGACUUGAUUAACAUUGACGACGAUGCUAUGGCAGAAGCGGCUCCUACCAGCGGAGCAUCCGCGGCUUCUCCUGCUGUCUCAGCACCAGAACUUUCCACCCUCAACGUCUCUUCUCCUACCAUAGGUAUCUCCCCUUUCGCGUCGCGUCCAUCACUUCCUGAGACGCCCCUCUCCGCAUCAUUUGACCUCAACUCGAUAUGGUCCUCACAGAACACGAAGGAGGAGAAAACAUUGCAGGAACCUUCCCUUCCUCAAGAGUCCAGAGAUCAGCCCAUAGACCCCGAGCCGAUUGCAGAAGCUGAUGAUCGGGACUUUGAUAUGUUUCUGGAGGAGAAAGAACCCGAGAGGCCUCUGUCACCGGGGGGCCUGCAAGCUGCAUUCAACGCCACAGAACCUGCGUGGUCAGGAAAGAUUACAAUGCCUUUGGAUUCUUCGAUUCCUACAGAGACACCCAUUGUCGCGCGACAGAUGGGGGGAAGACCAAUAGAAGUGGGCUCUCCGCUUUGGCGUACGCUAUUCCCCGCGGAUUUGCUUAGGAUUGAUGGCCGAGUACCAGUUGACAAGUCGGCUCAGUUCUUGCUUCAAGUCAGAUUAAAUCCUUCAAAAGAGCUGAUUGGCGUGGCCUUCACGCCAGCUCCUGACGCAACUGACAACGGUUUCAUGGUAUUCGCGGACUUUUUAAUAGGAAAAGGACGACAUGGGUUGGUAUUUCCAUGGGGACCACGACCGAAGGACGCCCCUGGACGUGAAUUCUACAUUGUUCCGCUACUUUCGAGCGAUCCAAUUCCGGAAUUCAUGGAACUUCUCGACAAUCUACGUUUACCUAAAGUACGACAGACAAACUACAUGAUCGGCAUCUGGGUGUUGAACAAAGGAGAACUGAAACCACCACCAGAACCAGUAACCGUCCCGCCUCCAACGAUUUCGCCACCUGUUCCAGUAGUACCAACGAUAUCGCCUAUACCCAAUAUCCCACCUUUGGCAAAUCUUGCUCCUCCCAUAGCAGCACCGCAAAUCGAACCGGCGGCAUUGGCAGCCGAAGUUGCUGCGCUUACUCCAGAGCAAAUUCAGCUCAUGAUUCGAACUCUGCAAGGUCCGGGUGGUCUAUCCAUCCCUAUACCGCCCGCUCCUGCACCCGCUCCAGCGCCAUCGAUACCGGCUGCCCCACUUGUCUCUGCACCAUUGCCACAGUCAUGGGGAAUUAGCCCGCUGCAGCCGCCACCACCGCCACAUCACAAUGGCGCCCCCCCGAUGUACGGUAUGUAUCCGCCACUACCCCCCAAUAAUUCUGAUCAACGUCGGGAUUACUCGCGUCCCGGGUAUGACCGGGGUGGACCAGGCGAGUAUCACGAGCGACGUGAUUCUCGUGGUGGACAUGAUCCUGGCCAUCGAGGCGGCGAUCGUUCAAGGGGUCGUGGAAGGGGUCGUGGUCGAGGGGGUGGGAACGAAUUGAAUCGUCCUGUUGAUUCUGGUUGGCCCCGUAGACGACCAGAUGGAGGCUCUCACAACGGGAAUCCUUCACCACAAUGGUGAUAAGUUGUUUGACCGCAGCCUUGAUGAUGUAUCACACUUUCGCCUUCUCAUAUCUGUAGCUCGAGUUUACUUACCUGUCUUCCUAUCUUAUACGUAUGUACGAUAUGGUUUCCUGUCAUUUUUAGCUGGCUGUCUCCGCAGUCUACGAAUAAGUACUAACAAGGAGGCACCCUUGCAGUGUACGGUCAAAUGGGCUACUGCGAUGCGGUAGAAGCAGCUAAGUAACGAGAAGGCUAACCCCUCGUCGCAUUUGUAUAGAAUGCAGUACAUUGUAACGUAACCAAAGCACUUAGUGCUGAGGCAAAUGGGCUCGAAGUUUGGAACUAUACACCACCAAUCUGGAGGAAGGCAAAAUUGACGUAGCUGGUAGGAUAGCACAAUGACAAGAGUAGAUAACGACCAGAUUGAAUCAAACUAGGGCUAAAAUGACGUUCUCU